AUGCCCAAACGUGGCGUCGAGGCCUUCCACAUCCGCACCCAAGCCGCGUCACUACCAAGCUGCUACAAGCAUACAGGGCCUUCCGUGUUCAAGCUGAAAAGGCAAGAAGAUCUCAUUAUUAACAUGGAUAAAAAAGGUGGAACGUCUUCUUCAGUAGAAUUACACAAUGGUUGGCUGAAGCUUUGGAUUGCUAAAGUACCAAGAAAGGUAAAAAUCCAUCUUUGGUGUAUUUAUUUUCAGAGAAUUUAUGUUGGAGAUGAGCUUAAGAGAAGAAAGUAUAUAGAUAUGGUAAUGAACUACAGAAAGCGGAUUGUUGAGUUUACCAAGCAUAAUGGCACACCUAAUUUUGGCAAAUCACCUGAAGAGUAUUUCAAGCAAAGAUGCGUUGAGAUUUUCACAUGA